CGUAGAUGCUGAUGUAGGUGCCCGGGCCCGUGCGGCCGCUGCGGCCGAGCCUCUGCAACUUAGACGCCUGCAGGUGCGUAAAGAGACACACACGCGCAGAGCGCCACAAUCAUCCCUUCUCCCUCGUACACAUUGGUCACACGUACGGUCGACGUCCACUCGAGUGGGAGGUGCGAGGCGUUCGUGGGGUUGUAGUACCGGGCCGACCUGUGCUGCGGUGUGUCUAUCACAUGUGUCAGCCCCUGACGCACGCACACACAACACCCAAGGAGGAAAAACGCACACGUGUGUGUAUUGUAUGUACGCACGCACACGCGCACACACACAGACGUAUACCCGUCACCACACACGUCUAUCGUUAUGGACGACUCUGCUACGUCGGUGCACACAUAGACGUCCCACUUCCCUGCAGAAACACACACACACACACACACACGCACAUACACAAACACACAAGUCCGCACGGACGGACAGAGGGAGUCAGGACAGACACACGCGCACACGUAGCACACUUCUCUCACCAGGCACAGUUGCGUUGAGGGCUUCAUCCUCCUCGUGUGACAUCCCCGAGUAGAGCACCUUUACAUUGCACCACUCCUUGGUGUCGUCGCCGAGCUUGCUAGCCGUCGCAAACACCUCCCCCGUGCCUGCAACACGGCAUGCACAACACACAACACACAUACGCACACGCAUGCACGCACGCAGCGCGAGGGCAGCCAGGCCGGACUGACCGGGCAAGAAUAUCAGUAUCUUCUUGGGCGUCCAACUCGUGUUGGUGUCGUACGUCCACUCUGCAGCCAUGGAUACACAGUGUGCGCAGAUGCAUUCUUUCGACAAAUGCCAGACAUCAUUUGGCGAGUAUGUCGGCCUCGGCAGAGAGGACGAGCGGCUUGGCGUCGUUCUUCUGGAAGUACCCGUUGUUCUCCAAAUCGAACCCUGUCGGGCUUGGGCAGCGUGCUGACCUGCAAGCAUUCACUCGGUUGAUUAAUCCGGUGCGCAUGUGCGUGCCCUCCCCUUGUUAUGCACGUACGUCGAUAUUGUUGAGUUUACACAAGUAGGAGAAGAUUCUGGGAGAGGUGCAAGCACACACCACACAACGCAGGCAGUGAACCGACCAGGCAGUCACAUCGAAGAGGCGUACUUUGAUAUGAACGGAGUCCCGUCUCGAGCACAGUGUUGAGAUAGAACUCCUCCACCGUACGACGGGGGAUGAGAUUAUCGGGGACGUCAACGUACCUGCACGCACGCGCACACACAAACACGCACAUGUCUGCCCGCGUGUGUGCGAGUGUCAUCCCUACUGACGCCGUGCUGAUGUGGGCGUCGGAGAAGUAGCUCAGGAACUUGGCUGGGCAGAACGAGGAACAAGGGAUAGUCGAGGCUCAUCACGGGUUCUGCAUAGUUGUGUGUCGUGUGAAGGUGCCCACCAGGGUCUACGGUGGCUGACAUCAGCACCACCUUGAUAUGCGGGUUGGCACGCACGAGCUGUCUCACCCUCGCCUGGCACAUAACAUGCACACGUGCUUGGUCAUCUAUCUGUUAGCCACCGUGCGGUAAUUUACCAUUACUAUUUCGGUGUCGGCGUCGUGAAGUGGCGAAGGCCCCCGCCCUUUGCAAAUGCAGCGCAAGCCCUGCGUGGCAUCCAUACGCAUGCACGCACACAUAUACAAGACGCUCGUGUGCAGGCCUGCUUCCUCCCUCGCCAUCCGGAUGCAUGUACGUGUGUGUGCGUGUCUCGUGAGCGGCGGACCUUUUGUCACGAACAUGAUGGGUCUGUUGUAUGGCAUGGGCGUCCUUUGGUGGCCACGAUAGGUGACGUGAUCCCCCAGCUCUCCGCUGCCCAGCUUCACAACGCCGCACUCCUUAGCCACCCGCCUGGUAGAACCAUCACACAUACAUACACACAUUCACAUACGCGUACACACGCACUCUUGUGCUCUUUCUUACUCAGACACAUUGGUGACAGCCAGUCGACGGGGCUGGACCGCCAGCACUCUGUCGUGGUCCUUUAAUGAUGGCCACCUGUUCAUGAAAGGAAUCAGGCCACACGGAACGGAAACACACACAUAUUGACUGGACACAGCUGAGUUUGUGUGUGCGUACCCGUGACGACUUGCCCGAGCCCGUCCGCCCCUGCACGAGAACGCACCCGCUCUGGCUGCGUUUGAGAUGUACUCCUGCCCACAUGGGAGAGAACCACACACAUGUACGUGAGUACAUAUUCAUCAUGCGUCCAGCCGUCCGCCCGCCCGCUGCAUACCUCUAUGACAUCGGGGCUGGAGACCGGCAGCGGCGGGAGCAGCGCUAGGCGAGCGCCCACUGCGGCGGCUGCGAUAAGGUGUGGGCCACCAGCCCGCUUUUCCAACUCUGUUGGCUGUGUGCUGCCGCUACCGUCGGGUGUGAUGGGCGAGACUAGGGGUGCUGACGGCAUGGAGGAGCACUGACUGGCCGGCUGGCUGGGCGUCCGCGGCGGGGUGCGUGGCGCCUCCUCUUGUUGCUGGUGCUGUGGCUGGGGCGGGGGCUGCUCCACAUCAUGUCUUGCACGGUGCAUUAAGGACUGACUGAGUGCCCGCCCUUUUACGUACCUCGUUGAUGUAGCCGCACCUGUCGAGCGCACGGACGCACAGACAGACAGACAGACAGACGACAGACAGACAGGCAAAGACACAGAUGGACAGAGGUAAUGUGUAUCCGUAUAUGUGAGUGUUGAGGGAGUGAGGGGGGUUGCGGGCACGCCAACGAUCACCUACCUGUCGUUCAUGAUGCUGUGCCACUGGGUCGAGAGGAUGGCGGCGGCCCGCAGUGCCAACUCAGCACAUCGACACGCACGACACCUGCGGGCAGGCAGCCAGGCCACAAUAUCUUAUAAAUGAGAGAUGCU